AUGUCUGCCCCCGCUGAGACCACUGCUGCCCCCGUCGAGGAGGUUAAGCCCACUGAGACUCCUGCACCCGCCGCUGAGGAGACUCCCGCUGCCCCUGCCGCCGAGGAGGCCCCCAAGGCUGAGGAGGCCGCCGCCGCCGAACCCGAAGCCCCCAAGGCCGAGACUGCUGAGCCCGUUGCUGAGCCCGCUGCUGAGGCUACCCCUGCUGCCGAGGCCGCCACUGAGGCGGCCCCCGCCGAGGAGACCAAGGCUGACGAGGCUAAGCCCGCUGAAGGCGAGACUCCCGCUGAGACCAAGGAGGAGAAGCCCAAGAGCCCCAGCCUCUUGGCCAAGCUCCUUGCGCCCUUCAAGAACGAGAAGGCUAAGGUUGACAAGAAGGUUAAGGCCCCGAAGAGCCCUAAGAAAGAGAAGAAGAAGGAGGAAUCCGAGUCCGCUCCUGCCCCUGCCGCUGAGGAGCCUGCCAAGACCGAGGAGACUCCCGCCGCCCCCGCCACUGAGGCCCCUGCUGAGGAGACCACUGAGCCUGCCGCAGAGCCAGUGAAGGAGACCGAGACUCCGGCUGCCGCCGAGGCUGCUCCUACAGAGCCCGCUGCCGAGCCCGCCGCUGAGGGCGAGGCUCCCAAGGAGGAGGUUAAGGAGGAGAAGAAGGAGGAGAAGAAGCCCGCGAAGGUCAGCCGUCGUCUGUCGGCCCGCGUCGGUGAAUUCUUCAAGCCCAAGCCCAAGACGGAGACCUCCACCCCCGCCAAGGUGGAUGAGAACCCUCCCAAGAUUGAGGAGCCCGCCCCCAUUGCUCCCCUCGAGAACCCCGCCACAGAGGAGGCUGCUCCUGCUCCAGCUGCUGAAGAGCCCAAGUCCGAAGCUCCCGCUGCUGCCCCUGUCGUUGCCGCCGCAGCAUAA